GAGGCCUCAGCACGUGUGUGGGAGGAGGGAGCUGCUCAGCGAUGGGGAAGCGUCCGGAAGGGAAAAGCAAAAAUGUCGGUCGCAGAGAUUCAGACGGCAGGAAGGAGCAGCGGGAUAGAUCCGGGAAGAGGAACAGAAGGAUGGGUGAACUGAAGAAAAAUGACUUGAAGCCUAAAAAUAUUGAUGAACAGGAAAUUCCAUACAAAGUCCGUGAGAUAAUGAGGUCUCAGGAGAAAAUGAAGAAGCAGCUGAAUAAGCAGAAGAGAAAGACUGAAAAGCCAAAAAGAAAACCUACAUCAACAGCUAAAGAUCUCCAUGGAGACAUACCAGUUCCAAAGUUUAAGAGGCACAAACGAGAAUCCGAGAGAGCCUAUAUUCAGCGCAUGGAGGAGGAAACUCAACAUGUGAUGUUUAUGACCAAAAAUCAACUGGCUCGUUGUCCUGAAUUAGAGACCGAGAAGGAAGAACAGACAAGCGGUGUGAAGUCAAAGUCUGAGAAAAAGAAAGAGUUUGGCAAGAAACGGUUGGCAAAGUUUAUUAAAAAGAGAACUGAAAAAAAAGUGAUGAAAUUGGAGAAAGAAAUGUUUACAGAUACUGUGAGAUUUGGAGAAGUGGCCAUGCAGCCCCCUACCCUCACAGCUAAACCCAGGAAAAGCCAAACCAAUCAUCAGCCUGGCCAGAGACAGUUACUUCUGAAGUCUCUGAUUCAGCAAAACGAGUGUUCUUCAGAUCAGAAAGUGGAAGGUACCCAAUACAGUAAACUGCCCACCAUGUCAAUGGCUCGCCAGAGGAUGAUGUUAGAGGAGAGGGAGAGGAUCAUUAAAGCUUACAGAACACUGAAGAAGCAGAAACAGCAAAUUCUGUCCCAGAAUAAAGAUAGCAUGGAAAAGCUGAAAAACCCAAAAUAGUCAAUCUCGGGAUGGACCUAUUUGAUGCACUGAUUCAGGGGCUUGCUGGAACUGACGAGGACAGAAUGUUCUUGAACUGUUGCUUAAUAAUUGCUUUUCUUGAAAACUGUUAAUAUGUACAGUAAAAGGUCUAAACUAUGGUCAACCUACUAAUGAAGAGAUCCAUUUUUGGAACCAAACAUUUAUAAGCGGAAUUUUAAACAUGCCUGCCCGCUGUAGGUAACUAUGGAAAUGUACAACUGCAAUUGAGACCCUGCCAGUCUGUCUUAAAUGAUAACUAUUCCGAUAUACUGGUAUACUUGAUGUGUCCCUGAGCUAACUGUUGUGGAGUGGUUUUGAAUUAUCUUCCUGUGCCCUUGUUUUUAUUUUAUUGGAUCUGUUUAUUUUAGUCUGAUGAGGUUUGACCAUUUGAAGGGAUCAGGGCAUUGCUGUCAAUUUUUAGUUAUAAGGAUGCUUUUUUUUUUAAAAAAUCCUUUUUAUAUUAAAAAGACACAAGUUUUGAAAAA